AUGUCAUUAUCAUUAAGCGAUAUUAAAUUUCCAGAAUCAUGGGAAUUAAUUCCAAACGAAAGAAACUAUAUUGACUACGUAUACAAAGAAUCAGUAGAAUUGGGUGUAUGGAGACCAGAUAACAAAAGAGAUUUAAUCGCUCAUAAUAAUGUUGUUAGUCUUUCAAAAUUCUUUUGGCCAAAUAUGGACUUCGAACGUCUAGUAAUGGGUGGUGAACUUAUGGUCUGGUUCUUUACUUUCGAUGAUGCUUUGGAUGCUGGAAUCUACAAUGAUGAACAACAAGCUCAAGUCGUUAAAAGAAUGAGCGAUGUUUUUAUGAACGGUACUGUUGAAGACGAUGCCAGUGGUCCAGAAAAAAUGGCUCUUCAUCUUAGAAAUAAAUGCGAAGUAAUGUGCGGUGAAAGAAAAGAUACAUUCAAUCGUUUCAUUUCAUCAUGUAUUCAAUGGGUAGACUCAAUUAUUCCAUUUAAUAAAAUUAAGAUUGAUGGAGCUUCACCAGAUAUCGAACUAUAUUCAUAUUUAAGAAAGAUUAAUAUUGGUGCUUUCCCAUGCGUUACUUUAACAGAAGUUAUGCUUGACCACGAAAUCGACCACUAUGUAUGGUAUGACCCAAGAUGGAUUAAAAUGAAUGAAGACAUUGCAAUUAUCACAACCCUAAUCAACGAUUUAGUAAGCUAUGAAAAAGAAGUUAAUGACAACGCCGGUGAUUUAAAUCCAUUAUUUUUUAUUCAAAAACAAAGAAAAGUACCAUUAACUGAAUCUUUUAAAGAAGUUGUUGGUUUAAUCAAUCAUUGGGUAAAAGAUUUUACAAAUUUAGAAGAAAGCUUUAUGAAAUCACACAAAUUUAAAAACUCAAAACAAAAAAGAGAUUUUGAAUGUAUGUUAGAACACCUUCAUUACUUGGCAUCUGGUUCAAAAUUAUGGAGUAUGCAAACACCACGUUACUGUAGUCCAACUUCUCCAUUCAUUGAAAUGCGUAAACAAUCGAGCUCACCAAAUCUUACAAAUUCAAUAUCAAUCCCAACUAAUAAUACAAAUAAUAGUAAUAAUAUAACUUCAAGUCCAAACAAAAAACAAAAAAUCGAUAUUACCAGUUCAAGUGCCAUUUUUACCACCAGAGAAAUUAUAAAUUAA